GUUGCAAAUAAUUUAUUAAAACGCUCAAGAAACCUUUCUUUGAUCAAAAUUUGUGCAACAAAGUGAAAAAUUGUAAAUAUUAUUCACUUUAUGUCCAAAUAAAUGUCGUAAUGUCCGCUAUCUUCGCUGUAUUAAUCACCCGUUAUCGGUAUCAAGGUCAGCCAACUAGUCUUCAAGUCUCCGUAAGUCUCUCAAAACCCUAAACAAAAGUUUCAUCAUCCUCAAAAUCUGACGCAAUCCACCUCAAAGCACCUCACUAAACGUCCCAGUUUUUUUCUCAAUAUUAAAAAAAAAUCGUGUUCCAAACAAAGAAACAUCGCUCGGUUCCAUACGUGCCGUUCCGAGGCCCCCUUUCGUGCAUUUCCGCCAUCGCGGUAGGGGAACUCGAUAAAAGCCCCAGCCGGUCUGCAACUCCGGUAGUCAAGAAGUUUUGUAGGUGCCACCCGUUUGUGAUACUAGUGUUAAAAAAAAUGGAAGUCCUAACCAACCAUUUAGCGGACUACCAGAAGUCCGAAAAGUCCAAUUUCUGGUAUUACGACCCGUCGCGGCAAGUCCAGGAGUCCGAUUGCGACUCUCCGGUGUCUUUCCUCUCCAAGCGGCUCGAAGAGGAGAUCAGGAAGGCCAAAAGGACGCAUUUAUCCUGCGGCGAAGUCCUGCUGCCGUGCGGACUGCUGCAGAAAGUCGCCGAAGAUGUGCUGGAAAUCGCCGAAACGGAGCUGUACGGCCUGAAGGGGUGCACCCUCUAUCUGCUCUACGAAGGAGAGGAGGAUUGCAGGAGAUUGAGUAAUUUCAAAAUUGACCCAACGACACCGUCGACUUUCGAAAUUUACCUCACCUUCAAACAGGCCAAUGCCGGGUGGACUUUCCUGCCACAGUUCCUCAAGAAAAUAACAAGAGGCAGCACUGUUGUGAUCAGCACUGAAUACGAACUGACCAAAAAGAAACUCUACAUUUUGCGAAAAUAAGAGACUGAUUUGCAGAGUUUUCUAUUUUUAUAUAGAGUUGAUGAUGAAUUUAUAAGCGCAGCGUGAUGUUAGUUUUAAGUUUGUUUUUCAUUUGACAGUAUUUCGAACUCUGAGCGAGUUUUUUAUUAGGAUUCCGAUGGGAAUCUGUGAUUUUUGCCAUCGUGAUAUGUGUUAUAAUAAUACAUAACGUACCUGUGUACUUAACAUGUUUCAAGUAUUUUUUAAAUUUUAUUUAGAAGUUAGAGUUUUUCAUUUGUGUCACGUGUUUUGUUUUUGUGAUAUAGAGUAGAGUUUUGUUUGUGAAAUAAUAAGACAUGCAUGAUCGUACAAAUUUUCAUUAACAUGUAUGUUUAUAUAUUUUUAAAACGAGUAUAUUGAAAACAAGUUAAGAGGCUAUAAUUAGAUUUAAGAUAUUUUGUACUAUAGGUUUUAUAAGUGAAGUAGACGUAGGAAUUAGUUUCUUGCUACUUGUGUGAUAGUACAGUAUCUGUACAACUCUCAAGCUUUUGUACUAUUCGAAACAAAGUGAAAAUAAAAAAAAAACAUUCGAAA